AUUAAUUGUGAUGACAUUUCAUUGUUGUCACCCACCUCAUUUACGUCACCUUCGGUCUCUUCUACAGUGGUAACCCAGAUCAAAAAGAAGAGGAAGAGGAGAGUAUUAGAGGAUCAAACUUUCCGGCCGGAUUUCGAUUCUGCUGAGGAUGAUAAUGAUCUGAACCGGACGUGCUUGACCCAAGGCAACUCCCCAUUUAGUUCUUCUGAUGUGUUAUCAGGCAAAAGCACAAAGAAGAAGAUGAAGAGGGCAUCACAGAAGAUUUCCAUGGUGAACUCGGAUAGUGGUGAUAAAUAUUCAAACCAAGAGCGAUUCUCGUCUGCGGCAAACUGCCAGUCUUCAGCCGGCUCUACAACUGAUCUGUCAAUCAGAAGUAUAAAGAAGAAAAGAAAAAGGAAGUCAGAAAAGACUUCCUCCAUGGACUUCAGUUACCAGAGUGCGGCCGAAAUCUCAUGUCAGGGGCUGUUAGCCGACAGUUCAUGUUUUAAGACUCCCAAAAAGCUCAAACGAAAGAACGACGAAGAAGCCGACGGUUCUCCUGUGAAGCGCAGGUCAUUUGAAGAGGCGGACGUGUGUAGUGAUAAGAAAGCUCGCAAAAGGAAAAAGAAGAAGAAGUCACUGUGUGAUAUCUCAGGUUGA